AAAGCUCCAUAUAGCACUAGGCCUGGUAUAUAUAAAUAUAGAUAUGUAGGAGUGACUCACGUUAGACAAAAGCCCCAUAUAUUUAAGCUUUGUGUAUAUUUUAAUAGGUGUGUUGAUUUGUUCGUUUAUGUACAGUAGUAGUCCUAAUACUAUAGCAUUAUGGAACUAGAACUAGGACUUGCUCUUCCAGUUUCAUCGGUCCAUUUCCCCAAUAAAAGUUUCGACCUAAACAUCAAUAAGAAUGCACUGCAGCUCCAAGAACAACAACAACAACAACAACCUAAAGAUCUGAUCGAAUUCAAGAACCUGAUGAUCACACAAAAGCGCAGUUUUUCUGAGGCAUUUCGUGAAGACAAGACGCUUUCUUUGCUGGUAUGGAACGGCCGGCAGCCAAACGAUGAUGAAGAUGGGGAAGAACAAGAGAGAGAGUCCUUUGGCCCUUUGGACAUCAAGAAUGAUGAGGACGACCAUGAUCAAAUAGUGGGUUGGCCACCCAUAAAAUCGUGGAGGAAGAAAUUUCUCCGUGGCGGCCGCCAGGAAAGAGCACUGGAGAGGGCUGGUGUUAGAAACUCGGUAUUUGUGAAGGUGAAGAUGGAGGGGGUCAUCAUAGGAAGAAAGAUUGAUUUAACUCUCUUUGACUCUUAUCAAGCCCUCACCAAUGCCGUGCUCAACAUGUUUGCCAAGUACAGAAAUGGUGAUGAAGAUGAUGGACCUUAUAUUCUCUCGUACCUGGACAAAGAAGGAGACUGGCUCCUAGCAGGAGAUGUCCCAUGGCAAAUAUUUGUGGAGUCUGUGCAACGCAUUGAAUUACUGAAACGAAGGAGUUGAUGGAGUAGGAGGGGAACGAUUGGAAUAUUGUCAGACACAAGCUAGGGAAAGGCGAUAAUUAAAGCAGCAGUGCAAAGAUUUGAAAGGGGUUGGAGAACUUGCUAUCUAUUCUGUAACUUGUUUUGGGUUUUUUUUUAUUUUUAUUUUUCAGAAGUAUAAGAAGUUUUUCUCUUGUUUGUUUUGUAAGAGGUGGACUAGCUAGAUGUGUGUGAAUGUGUGAGAAAUCUCUUUAAUUAAGCAGGCUUGUCCGAAAUUGAAGUCUAGUGAUAAGAGAAUAAAUUUCACCAAAAGUUAUUUUUUGGUGGCAACUCUCCUCAUAGAGUAAAAUAAAUGAGUCAUGACUGUUUUGAAUUUUAAGGUUAAUUAUCUGAGUAAAAAUUU